GUCGGCGCGGGUGAGGGAGACACACCUAUUAUACGCAGUAUUUAGGUGACUUGUUGGACACCCACGCCGGCAUAUGCAGCCGGCCUUGAGUCACGCGAGCACUUGCCAAUCUCCAUCUUUUUACUGCUGUUUAUACACGCAGUGAAAAGGAAACAACAGGGAAAAAACCAGCUGCAAAAUAGCAUUCGAUGAUGCGGUAGAAGUGGACACAAGAGCAUCAAGCAGACCACGACGACAAACUACAACAACAAUAACCACCAAUACAACUUCGUACACAACAACCAUGGCGUUGCCGACCGAGACCUUCGUCAUCAAGACGCCGUGCUCCAGCGCCAACAUUGGCCCCGGCUUCGAUGUCAUCGGCCUGGCGCUGUCCAUGUACCUGGAGCUGCACGUCACCAUCGACCGCAGCAAGGCGCGGUCGGAGCACCCGCUCAACUGCCGGGUCACGUACGAGGGCGAGGGCGAGGGCACCGACGAGAUCAGCCUGGACCCGCAGGUCAAUCUGCUCACGCGCGUCGCCCUGUACGUGCUGCGCUGCCACGACCAGCGCAGCUUCCCCGUCGAGACCCACGUGCACAUCAAGAACCCCAUCCCGCUGGGCCGCGGGCUCGGCUCGUCCGGCGCCGCCGUUGUCGCCGGCGUCAUGCUCGGCAAGGAGUGCGGCCGCCUGCACCACCUCACGCCCGAGCGCCUGUUUGACUUUUGCCUGAUGAUCGGUGAGGCCUCCGUCUUACUCUCUCUCUUACUCUGUCUCUCUCCUCAACGUCCGUCCAUCCUGCAUGUGUUCGAUCCCCUGGCUAAUACCGGCACUACGGCAAAAGAGCGCCACCCGGACAACGUGGGCGCCGCCCUCUUCGGCGGCUUCGUCGGCACCUACCUCAAGCCGCUGGCGCCCGAGGACGUGGCCCGCGUGGAGAUCCCGCUGAGCGAGGUGCUACCUGCGCCGGCCGGCGGCGUCGACACGGGCGUGAAGCCGCCGGAGCCGCCUCACGGCAUCGGCCACCACAUCAAGUUCCCCUGGGCGCCCGAGAUCAAGGCAGUCGCCAUCAUCCCGGAGUUCGAGGUCCCCACAGCCAAGGCGCGCGAGGUGCUGCCGUCGCAGUACCCCCGGCCAGACGUGACCUUCAAUCUCCAGAGAAUAGCGCUGCUCCCCGUCGCGCUCGGCCAGUCGCCGCCCGACCCGGAGCUCAUCUACCUGGCCAUGCAGGACAAGCUGCACCAGCCGUACCGGCAGACGCUGAUCCCCGGGCUGACCGAGAUCGUCGAGUCCAUGACGCCGGCCACGCAGCCGGGGCUGCUGGGCGUGUGCCUGUCCGGCGCCGGGCCGACCAUCCUGGCGCUGGCCACCAGCAACUUCGCCGAGAUCGCCGAGCGCAUCAUCGCCAAGUUCCGCGAGAACAAGAUCGUGUGCAACUGGAAGGUGCUCGAGCCGGCCGAGGGGACCCAGGUGGUCCGGGCGUAGGAAGCGCAUAGUUUGCAAAUCACCAUAGCAUCACCACACGGCCCGAGGAUGCGGAAGGGCAUCACAUCCAACCGCAGCCGAACCCACACAAAUAUCAUCAUCGCUACGAGCCCAACGCCUCGUGCUCCGACCGCUCGGUCCGAACCACUAUCACCUACCCGCAGCAGCCUACUGUGGCACGCAACGCGAAAAGCAGCCGGCCUUGCAGUGUACACUACAUACGACUGUUAACAUGCGUC